AUUACCUUUCCUCUCUCAUUGCCAUCUUGCUCACUCCAUCUUCAGCCUCAUCCCCGCAUCUCUUUUCUUUCUCAUUUCUUAUCGCUUUCACAUUACCCUGACAACACCUAUUUCAACUUUUUUUUUACUCAAUUGCUCCUACUUUUACUUUUCUUUCUUUCUUCCCCCUUCCUUAUCUAUCAUAAACAACAUUUGUCUUUGUCACAACUCGAGUUUAAAUAAUCCGACACAAAAUACAACUUAUUACUUCACCAACAGAACCGACCGAUGUUGCGGCUGGCAAAAUCUUUUCAAUUCUUCCAUAACACUCCUGAGGAUGUUGUUGCGCAAUCCUUCCUUGCACAACCCAAUGGAUUCACAGUGACAACGCCCACUAGACACUGUAUCGACAACUACUAUGGUCCCGGUACUGUCUUUCAGGGCCAGUUGAACCUUCAGCUUGCAAAGCCUAUCCACGGACCCUGUCGGUUGCGUGUUGUCUUUGCUUGUUUGCAUACUAUGCCUCCACCUGAACAUAUCCAUCAUCCACCAACUGCUCAACCACAAUCAGGCCGGUCGUCCUCGACAGAAGAGAGAGGGCGUGCCAGUUCGGAUUCUUCUUCACAGGGCCAAAAGUCCAUUGGUUCAUCCCAUCACCACCCUCCACAACAAUAUAGCAUCUUUGAAAUUGAUCAUGUAUUCGUUGAGGACGAGCCCCUCCAUGUGAAACGACAUGCCUUUUUGUUCAAUAUCAAAUUCCCAAAAGUUAAUAUGCCUGCUUCUAUGGUGGAUGGGGAGCGCUCUGUCAUCUACGCUCUACGCGGGGAGCUCACUUUUCAGACCACGCCUGGUGUCGAGCAUACACAGACCACACUCUCAUCUCCUGCUAUCCAUCUCAAGUAUCUUCCGAUUGUGCCAACCUCAAUUCCUCACUUUCCUGUGAUUGAGAUGGCACAAGUCAUGGACCCGUACACCAAUCGACCAUUGUUCAAGGCAUCGCUUGAAAGCCCACAGCGUGGUGUUUGUCCAGGCGAAGAGCUUCCUUUGAUACUCACCAUCACCAACUCAUCCGAAACAGACCUGCACUCUAUUCAUUUGACUCUUGCUCGUGUUAUCUCCUAUCCAACUACAUCCACACCAUCUUCACCUUCAUCAGCUACAUCACCCAUAACAUCUAUCAACUCUGCAUUUACUACAGAUCCCACCACUGUGCACUCUGUAACGAUACCUAUCACCAAAACAUCCAAUAGGAACUCUACUUGGAUGGAAGCAAUUCAAUUCAAGGUACCAUCUACCCUAGGACUCAUCCCCACUACAAACAAGGUGAUCACGCCUCUCUACAAAGUAGAUUACUACCUCUCUGUCUCAAUACCACUUGCGAUCCGUGGAUCGGGCCUCGCUAGCUGGUUCACUCCCACAGUCAAGAGCCCUCCUCCUGUUGACAUUUCAUUGGUUCGCAGCGCAAAUGGAAUUACAGGAUCCGAACCAACUAACACAGAAAAUGAAUCAUCCUUUACCAAUGGCACUAAUACAUCGCGAACUGGUUCGCGCAAGAAUUCUGUCGAUAAGCUCAUCAAAGUUAAUUUACAUAUGGACAGGAUCUCAACCCUUAGCUCGACCAUGAAAUGGCCAACCUUGGUUCAGUUACCACUCAUUCCGGUGAUUGUUGGAACUGUCCCCUACAAUAUAACUGAAAAGCAGCUACGUUGGCCUAUACCCAAUUACUUGGACGUCACGGAUCGACCUUGCUUUAUUCGUGAUCGAUUUGAAGAGGAAAUGAUGCAGCAUCUCGAAAGUCUUGAGACGCUAAUUGUAGAAGAAGACGAUCAAGAAGACAUUGAAGAAAUUAUUCAGGCAGCCCGAAAAUCGGCUUCCUCUGAUGAAAGUGACGAGGAAGGCCAAAGAGCAAGGUCAAAGAUUCCUGAACGCUUCAGAGAUAAGACAGGUACAGGGAACUCAAGACGUGGGGCACAUGCUUCUGGGCUCGGUACACCACCACCAUCACCACCUUCGGCCACGGCCAUGAUUGACGGACGUCCUGGAGUACAUACACUGCCCCGAGUAGGACCACGCCGGUCGAUGAGCCCGAAAGCUGGUGGAUUGACCAAGGAGCUAUUACUGGAGAUGCAUCACUCAAAAAUUCAACAGAGUAUCCACGCAGGACUUCAGGAUAUUUAGAGAGAUAGCU